AUGGAGCCAGAUCGAGAAGGCAGAUCGCCUCCAGCGCUGCAGGCAUACAGCGACGCUGACUUUGCAAGCGAUAAGCUCGAUCGCAAGUCGAUGACGGGCGGGAUGCUGCUCUUGAACGGGACGGCAGUGAGCUGGGGCGCGCGUAAGCAGGGCGGAGUGUCCCUGUCGACAAUGGAGGCCGAGUUCGUAGCUGCCUCUGAGGUGGCGCGCGAGAUGCUCGGCCUCCGCGAGAUGCUCAGCGAGAACGACGUCGUACCUGAUGAGACACUCGUGUUGCACGUCGACAACCAAGCUGCGCUGAGUCAGAUCGCUGGCGAGGCCUCGUCGCUGAAAGCGAAACACGUGGACGUGCGGUAUAAGUUCUUGUGCGACUACUCGCGCCGCGGUGUGAUUGCUGCGCGCUAUCUCAGGUCGGAGGACAUGCUUGCUGACCUGCUGACGAAAGCGUUAGACGCGACGAAACUCGCGGUGCUUCGACGGAUGGUGAGACUGGGCUAG